CUAACCCCGCUCCCGACAGUGCAGCUGGAACACCGCGCGCUGCCGGGCACAGGUCGGGAUGCGCCGCCGCCUCUGGCUGGGCCUAGCCUGGCUGCUGCUGGCGCGGGCACCGGGAGCUCCGGGCGGAUACCCGCAUCUGGAGGGCGACGUACGCUGGCGCCGCCUCUUCUCCUCCACCCACUUUUUUCUGCGUAUGGACCCUGGUGGUCGGGUGCAGGGGACGCGUUGGCGGCACGGCCAGGACAGUAUUGUUGAGAUACGUUCUGUCCGUGUGGGGACUGUGGUGAUCAAAGCUGUGUACUCAGGCUUCUAUGUGGCCAUGAAUCACAGGGGCCGCCUCUAUGGGUCGCGGGUCUACACUGUGGACUGUAGGUUCCAGGAGCGCAUCGAGGAGAACGGCUACAACACAUACGCCUCCCGACGUUGGAGGCACCACGGCCGACCCAUGUUCUUGGCACUUGACAGCCAGGGCAUUCCCAGGCAAGGCAGACGGACACGACGGCACCAACUGUCCACACACUUCCUGCCAGUCCUGGUCUCGUCUUGAAGGGCCUGCCGAUGGUUCAGGAGGCAUGGGUGGCACACAGGGCCUGGAAAAUCUGGAGCUGAGCAGCCAAAGACCAGGCCAGAGACCCUGGGCCCACACACGUCUUUAUGUCACAAGCUGGGUGCCCACUGGCUGCUGGACAUGGAGACACGGCAGGGUCACUGCAAGUGAAGCCAACACUCAGGGGGAUACACAGAACUGGCAGCUUGCAUCCAUCUAGUUUGGAGGUGAGAACGCUCUGGGCACAGCACGGAGAGGCUUGGAGGUGAGGACACACCAGGUGGAUAAAGAAAGUAGACAGGGAGGACCAGGGAGGGUGGACAUGUUGCAGAGGGCAGGGCCCAGGUCAGCAGGAACACAGAUUAGCUCAUGGGACCAGAGUAUGCGACUGGAGUUAAAAGCACUUCUUGUUCUUCCAGGGGGCCUGAGUUUAGUUCUCCCACCUCAGGCAGCUCAUAACCACCCGUAUCUCCCACCCGAGAGCCUGACUCCCUUUUCUAUUCUCUGCAGGCACCUGCACUCAUGUGCACAUACCCUGCACCCAUACACAUAAAAAAAAAAAAUGUUUUUUUGAGACAUGGUCUCUACAUAACCCUGGAAUUCACUAAGUAGACUACACUGGCCUGGAACUUGAAGAGAUCUGCCUGUCUCUGCCUCCUGAGUAUUGGGAUUAAAGACAUGCAGCACCAUGCCAGGCUAAUGUGGGGCCUCUGAACACUGUGUUCAAUGCCUAAGUUCCCUGGAGUCACUAGGAGGGACAGCCUGCCCCUCUCCCCCCCCACGGAUCACAGCCUGAGGAGGCCAGUGUCGGGUGGCCAUCAACAAUAAAUGUUUUGAGCCU